AUGACUUUUGACACAAAGAUAACGUGGAAAAGUCACAUUGCUAAAAAAAAAGAACGAGUCUCCAGUAGACUGAAUGUACUGAAUCAUCUUGCUGGUAGCGAGACCACUCAUAACAGCCACAGAGGUGACUCUCAAACCCCUCGUACAGCCACAGAGGCUCCCAAAACACUCGAGAAGGCUUACAACCAAGCAUUACGACUAAUUACUGGAAGGAUAAAAUCAACACCCAUUGAUGCAAUGCUCCUAGUUACAGGAAGCACCACAAUAUGUUCCCUAAUCAAAGAAAAGGUUUUGAUCCUGUAUGAGAAGCUACUGCGCAUUCCCAUGGACAAGUUCUUCAGCAUUUAUGAGAAUGGACCAAGACAUCUGAAAACGCAAUUUGGUCUAAUACAGAAAGCCAUAGAACUGGAGAAAGAAUUGCAAAUCGAUGACAAACCAAAAAGCCUCUCUCUCCCCAUGAACAUAUUGACAGACACUGAUGCAACAAUCAAUGUCAACUAUCCUGCAGAUCAAUGGCUCCAAGUCUUCACUGAUGGGUCAUACAUAGAAAACCAAGCAAAAAUUGGUGCAGGUGUCUAUUUUGAACUCUUCUCUUUCUACGCAGCAGCGGGACACAAUAGAUCUGUUUUUGAAGGAGAAAUAGAGGCUACUAAGAAUCCCCAAUGCCAGUUAUGUUGCCUGGAUACGAAAUUCACCAAAGCGGUGAUACUUUCGAACUCACAGUCAGCAAUAAACUCAAUUAACAACAGAGAGCCACCCAAAACAGCUGAGAUAAAGGAAUGUAGAAAACUCUAUGGGCUGCUAAGAGAGAAAAACAAAACGGUGGUCCUACAAUGGAUUUCUGGUCACUGUGGCAUUAAAAGCAAUGAGCUUGCUGACACACUUGCUAAGAAGAGGGCAACGAUUUUUGCAAUGCAUGGACCGGCCGAUGUCUUUCCACACAACGAAGGCCUUAAUCAGGAGAGAAUUCCAGACCUCAAGGAGAAACAGUGGCCAGUGGCACUCUCCGACAUACCCGACUGGCCAAGAAUCGAAGCCGUUGCUGAGUUCAGACUACGUACCGGACACGAUUGCUUGGCAAAACAUCUUCACAGAUUGGGAGUAUACACUCAACCCACAUGCCCUCUAUGUAACCUACAUGAGGAAAUGGAGAAAACUCAUCUGAUUCGAUGUCCAGCUCUAAAG